AUGGCGGCUUCCGCUGAACUGGCUGGAGGGGGUGUUGAGGAAGCCCAAGCAGAAGUCAACCCGCGAAUUCUGGAACCCGGGGCCUCCCCGUUUGGAAAUUUCCCUCAUUAUUCCCGCUUCCACCCUCCGGAACAACGGCUCUGCCUCUUGCCCCCGGAGCUUCUUCGACGGCUCUUUCCUCCCGAGGGUCCCGAAAAAAGGCCGAUCCUAGGACUCGACGUGGGGUGUAACUCCGGGGAUCUGAGUGUGGCUCUAUACAAACACUUCCUUUCCCUACAUGAUGGGGAGAAUUGCUCAGAUGCCUCCAGAGAACUCCGCCUCCUCUGCUGUGAUAUAGAUCCAGUCCUGGUGGAGCGAGCUGAGAAAGAAUGUCCUUUUCCAGAUGCCUUGACCUUUAUCACCCUGGACUUCAUGAAUGAAAAGACAAGAAAGAUUCUCUUGAGCUCUUUCUUAAGCCAAUUUGGACGUUCAGUUUUUGACAUUGGCUUCUGCAUGUCAAUAACCAUGUGGAUUCAUCUGAACCAUGGGGACCAUGGCCUGUGGGAGUUCCUGGCUCAUCUUUCUUCCCUCUGCCACUACCUUCUUGUGGAACCACAGCCUUGGAAAUGUUACCGGGCAGCUGCAAGGCGCUUCCGAAAGCUGGGACUCCGUAAUUUUGACCACUUCCACUCCCUCACCAUCCGAGGUGAUAUGGCCAAUCAGAUUGUGCAGAUCUUGACCCAGGACCAUGGCAUGGAAUUGGUAUGCUGUUUUGGCAACACCAGUUGGGACCGAAGCCUUCUGCUCUUCAGGGCAAAGUAUACCAUAGAGGCUCAUCCAAUCCCUGAAUCACUUAUAGAAGAGAAAGAAAGAAAUAGAUUAAGAUUCUAGAGGCAGUGAAAUGGGAGGGCAAGAAGACCAGGAAAGAGAUACUAAAAAAGAUUUUAUACUGAGAAUUAUGUUCCACUGUCUUGGAAUAGUCAGGCAGCCUCAAAACCUGGCAGAAGCUUUUGGCAAAAUGUCCAAGGCAUGCAACUGAAAGGAUCACUUUCUGUUCUACACUGUUUACAACAAUUCCUAAGGGGAAUGAAUCCAUACAGCAGUGAUCUGGGCUAUCUGGGUUGAGAUUGUGAUCCUGGUUGUGGGAAAUGGAACAGGCUGCUUUUGGAGUUUGUUUUGUUUUGUGGUGCUGGAGAUAGAACCCACAGCUUUGUGUUGGGCAGAUGCUUUACCACUGAGCCACAUCCCCAGACUUUGGGGGUUAGUUAUAGAUUAGACCAGGCUAGCCUUAGUUCUCUGGGCUGCUUAAAUCUGACCUGAUUUCUUCGUGUAUUUUCUGGGCUUACUAGGCCUGCCUUAAGGCAAAGCCUUACAAUGCAGUCUGUCAUGUGGAGUCACUGGACUGGCUAAAGGAAGUGGUUGGGGAAAAAAUAAUCUUAUCUCUCUAAAGCAAGCCAAGUCUCCAACAUACCCAAGUUUAGUACAGCAGUUACAGAUGCCAGAAAAGAUGCAUCAUCUAGCAUUUAAAAGAUGUUUAGGGCUGGGAAUAUAUAUUGCUCAGUGAUAAAGUGUUUGCCAAGGAUGUAUGAGGCCUAUCCCUAACACUGCCAAAAAAAGAAAAAGUUUAAAAGAUUUAAAUUAUGCACCCAGAGGUAGGGAUUCAGGUCUGGAAUGGGGCGUAGGAUUUUUUGUUGUUGUUGCAUUCUUUCAUUGUGGUAAAAUAUACAUGAUAUAAGUUUUACUGUGCUACCCUUUAUUUUUUGGUGGUACUAGGUUUUGAACUUGGGGCCUUUCACUUGCUAGGCAAGCACUCUACCACUUGAGCCACACCCUCAACCCUUUUUUGCUUUCAUUAUUUUUGGAAUAGGGUCUCACGUUUAUGCCAAAGCUAGCCUGGAACGCAGUCCUCCUAUUUAUGCCUCCCACAUAGAUGGGAUGACAGGUGAGAGCCACUGGCCUGGCCCUGUGCUAGCCAUUUUUAAGUAUAAAUUUUGUGGUAUUAAUUGCCUUCACAAUAAGAAUUCUGUUUUUAACAGGCACCUCAGAUGAUUCCAGUCCAAGUAGAAAUAGACAACACUUUGAAUGCCUAGGGUUCCACGUAACCUACAUAUUUUUUUCUGGAAUGAGUUCUUCCACUCUCCUUCAACAAUUACUUACAUGCUAAAUAUAUUGGUAGCCCCACCCCAUAGUUCCAGACUAAUAUUUUUGUUUUGUUAUCGUAAUCCCCCUCACUAGUUCUUAGGCAUCUCAAUUCAACAUAUUCCAAAAGCAAACUUAUUCCCUCUUUCCAAAUCUAUUCUAUCUCAUUUGCUGGCAUCCACUGAAUGUUCAAGCUAGAAACCUCAGUUGACUCCUCACUUAUGCUCCGCACAUUGAAAUAGUCACAAAGUACCUCAAAUUCUACCAAUAACAUGUAGAUCCUAUUCAUUCCAUCCAUUUGUCUGGUGCCCACAGGGCUUUCUAUGGUAAGUAACCCACCUUCCAAUCCAUUCCUUGCUUUGCAGCCAUAGUUUACUCUUAGUUUGCUCAAUGUGAAUACAGUGUUAAGCAAAAAUAAGGUGCUGUUACUUUCUGAUGACACUCUGUAAAUUGCUGCAGGCUAUAAUUAUGCUUGUUAGAUCAAAGGCUUAUGAUCUAAUAAUUUGUUUUUCAGGAUGAGGAAGUAAUGAGCUCAGAUUCAGUACUACAGACCAUUUUAAAGGAAGCAGUGUCGGGAAAGAAGGAUAUGGAAUUAAUGGAAAUGAGACUAAUUUAUUUUAUUUUUUUGUGGGACUGGAGUUUAAACUUGGCUUCACACCUGCAAAGCAGGCACUUGACCACUUGAGCCAUACCUCCAGUCCAUUUUGCUCUGGAAAUGGGGGUUUCUCAAACUGUUUGCCCAAGCUGAACUUAAACCUUGAUCAUCCCAAGCUCAGCCUUCCAAGUAGUUAGGACUACAGGCAUGAUGCCCACCUAUGAGGCUAGUUUUUGAUGUUCUGAGAAUGAUCACAGUGGUUACAGAGCUGAAUUCAUCCAUUCUCUGACGGUCUUAAGAACACUGUAACCCUGUGACAUCUGCUGGGUGUUCUCUCUUAUUACCAAGGCAGUGUAAAGAAAUUUAUCUGGGGCUAUGAUAAGCUGAGUAAUUGACUCCCAAGAUGUCCGUAUACCAUUCCCUGAAACCUAUGAAUGUUAGGUACCAAAAGGGAAAAUGCAGCUGAGCAUCGCUGACCCAUGCCUGUAAUCCUAGCUACUCAAGAGGCAGAGAUCAGGAGGCUAGCCCAGGCAAAUAGUUUGAGAGACCCUAUCUCAAGAAAACCCAUUACAAAAAAGGGCUGGUAGUGGCUCAAAAUGUAGGCUCUGCGUUCAAAACCCCAGUUCUGAAAAAAAAUAAAAGAAAGUUGCAGAAAUGAUUAAAGAUCUUGAGAUGCGGAGAUUACCUGAAUGAUCAGAAUGGGCCCUAAACCCAUUAGAAGUAUCCUUGUAAGAGGAUGACAGAGGCAGAUUUUGACCAUAGUAGGGGAUGUAGUGACAGAAGCCAGAGGUUGGGUAAUACGAGGAAAGGCUGCAAGCCAAGGAAUGUAGGCAUUUUCCAGAAGUUAAAAAGCAAAGAAAUACAUUCUUCCCUGGAUCAUCCAGAAGGAACAUAACCCUGCCAACACCUUCACUUCAGAUUUCUGGACCCCAAGACUAUAAGAAUAAACGUUGUUUAAAAUAGUUUGUGGUGAUUAUAGCAGGAAAAGAAAACUAAUACAAGGGCUUUGGCUACAAUGAGACUGGCUUAUAAGGCCAAACGGCACCUGUCCCAGACAACCUGAUGGCAAAAAAUGGCCCUAGUGACCAAAGGGAUAUGUAGGGGCCCUAUCUACAAAGUUAAUUGAGAAAAGUUCAACCACAAAGAACUUUGGGAGAUGCUUCAGCAUUUGAAUCUGAACUAUUUCCUAGUAAUAUUCUGUUGGCUGAGCAGUUACCUGACCUAUUGGGAGGCACCAUUGUAUUUCAAGUCUGUGGCAGUUAUUUUGGAGGAAAAUAUUAGUAAUAUUAGUAAUUAAUGUUCAUAAAGAUGAGGCCCUGGUAUCAAGAAGAUAAUAAUUGCAUUAUGUUGUAAGCUCUUAAAGACAUAUUAUCUUUGAUUGCAAGAAAAAAUCAUCUUGUUCUAAAACCAGUGUGUGUGUGUGUGUGUGUGUGUGUGUGUGUGUG